UGAGCGUCCCCCACUGGACGCCGCCAUGGUCGACAGGGGUCCCCUGCUCACGUCGGCGAUCAUCUUCUACCUGUCCAUCGGAGCAGCGAUUUUCGAAGUCUUGGAGCAGCCUUACUGGAAGCAAGCGACGCAGAGCUACAAGGACAAGAAAACCCAACUCCUCAAGGAUUUCCCCUGCCUGGGCCAGGAAGGGCUGGACAAGAUCCUGCAGGUGGUAUCAGAAGCUGCUGGACAAGGGGUUUCUAUUGAUGCCAAUGACACCUUCAACUACUGGAACUGGCCUAAUGCUGUCAUCUUUGCUGCUACUGUGAUUACAACCAUUGGAUAUGGAAAUGUUGCUCCGAAGACUGCAGCUGGACGACUUUUCUGUAUAUUUUAUGGACUCUUUGGUGUUCCUCUCUGCUUAACAUGGAUCAGUGCUUUGGGGAAGUUUUUUGGAGGACGUGCCAAGAGGCUGGGCCAGUUCCUGACAAAGAGAGGAGUAAGCCUGAGAAAAGCACAAAUUACAUGCACUGCUAUUUUCAUCCUUUGGGGAGUCCUGAUCCACCUGGUUCUUCCUCCCUUUGUCUUUAUGGUGACUGAAGGCUGGGAUUAUAUUGAAGGUCUCUACUUCUCAUUCAUCACUAUUACCACCAUAGGAUUUGGAGACUACGUUGCUGGUGUGAAUCCAAAUAUGACCUACCAUUCACUCUACAGAUACUUUGUGGAGCUGUGGAUCUACCUAGGCUUAGCAUGGCUUUCUCUCUUUGUUAACUGGAAGGUCAGCAUGUUUGUUGAGGUCCACAAAGCAAUCAAGAAACGAAGGAAAAAAAGGAAGGAGUCCUUUGAGACCCACCCUCCUACAAAAAAAGCUCUUCAGAUGUCUAACCCAAAAGAUGUGAACAUUUUCAGCUUCCUUUCCAAGAAGCAAGAGACUUACAAUGAUCUCAUCAAGCAGAUUGGAAAGAAGGGUCUGAAAACAAGCAAUGACAAAAUCCUAAAUGGAGAGCCAGUGAAGCCAGCCUUGCAACAUUCUAGCCAAGAUGUCAAAGUGAUGUACACAAGGAGCAAGUUAUUUGACUAUGAUGAGGUUUCUCUGGGACUCCAGAACUUUCAUGUUAUGAGGCAUCUAACUGAUAGGCGUAUUGGGGAGAGCCCAAUUGAGGGCAGUGGGUUUGUAAAUCAACUGGAUCGGAUCAGUGAGGAAGAAGGAGAAGCAUGGGACUCCAGGGACUAUCGACCCCUGAUCUUUGAAAAUGCCAAUAUAACUUUUGUAAAUGAAGAUGAGGAUGAAGAGGAUAUUUCAGAUGAUGAAGAAACUUCAAAGUCGUCUAUGGAUGACAAUCUUGCAGAGGAACCAGAGUCUCCAAAAAAACUGGUGACAUUUUCAUCCUCUGAUGAAUCUACGUUUACCAAUAAUGAUUUAGAGAUAUCUGUGCCUUAUGAGCAGCUAAUGAAUGAAUACAACAUAGUGAAUACUGCAAAAGCUGCAACGUGAACAACAGCUUUUUCUUUUUUGUUACUGGCUUCCUGAAGAUCAUUUAACACAGAUUUGAGCAGAUGAACAUGCAUGAGGAGGAAAAAGAGGAAGGUGUACCAUGUUUGGCAUUUUCUACGGCCACCACCUCCUUGCAUUAGCAUACUGAAAGCGUUCAACAGCUGGAUGUUAUCUCUAGUUGUUUGUUACUCAGUUUGAUUACUCACUGUGAAGUGACAAUUCUAAAAACUUGAGGGUUCCUUUUCCCUUUGGGGAGUUGGUCGUGCUUGAAGUUAGGAAGAAAAGCCUAGAGUUAUUGGGCCUAUUCAGUAUUUGAUGAAGAAUGACGUUCUGAUUUUGAAAUCAGACUGGUUUGGAUUGAUUAUAUGUAUGACAUGGCUGGUUACUGCACUAACUCUUAAUUUCUGAAAAACUGAAUUCAGAUCACAUCUAGGCUCAGAGUGGAAAGUGUUGAUUGUUUCAUGCAAGCUCAAAAUCGCACAAUGAAGCUCUCUUUCCAUUCUCCUUCAAAGGGAUGCUUUGAACCAGAAGGGCUGAGUAUCUAAAGGUCAGAGUUGAGAUACAUUGGCAGUCCUGACUAGGGAACUUGAACAAUAACUGUUCAAGUUAUGCCAGUUCUGCUGAGUCAUGAGCUGAAGGUCCAUGAAUAAAAGCACUAACUUAGACACAGAACCAAUUUUAUGGAGACAUUAUAUCUUCUAUUGUACAAGAAACUAUCUGCAGUUAAACCUGGUUAUAAUGAAAAGUACAUAUGACUAAUAUUUAAAAUUUAGUAACAGAUUGGUGCGAGGAGAUUGCAGAUGGCAGAUUUAAAAUGAAGAAAAGCACAGUGGCAAACAGUUUUGCAUCAGAAGUGCCCUUCCAUUGUCCAUAGUCUACAGAAAAUACUUGAAUUUCAUGUGCUCGUGUCUCCUAAGUGAAGUUUGGUGACACUGCCCUUUUGAAUGACUGGUUUUUAGAUAUAUAAAAAAUGCAAAACACAGCCUGAAUACCUUGAUGUUUGUCUGAACAGCCAAAGAGCUGCUUUGUUAUAUUCAUUGUCUCUCUGAUUCUAAAACAUUCCAUUUUUCUCCACUCCAUGUGAUACUUUAGAGUUGAUGCAUAUUUGUUAUGGGCACACAAUGUUGUUGGUUUUUCAUAUAUUUCUGCUGUAUUUCAACUGCUUUCUAAGUAAAAUGAAAAUGUUAACUAGCAUUUGGGGAGAGUAUGAGAAGACUUAUAAAAGCAGCCGAAGCUGGAUAUCAUGGCAAAGGGCUUUAUCUGAUAAUUGGCUUUUUCAUGGCGGAGAAAUAACUAACUCAGUGGUUGGUAUUCCUUUUUAAAUUGCAUUAUAAAUCUUCGGAGCAGAGUUACAAUGGUGAACAAUCUAAGCAAGUGUUCUAGCCUAAGUGUUCUAGAUCACAGUCCUAGAGAUGUUUGAGGAUCAGGUUGUGAGUCACUCCAGUGUAGAUUUUAAUUGUACUUCCUCCUGUUUUGAUCUGAAAUGGAAGAAUUAGUGGAUGAUGAAAAUCUUGGAGGGAGGAUUUUUGAAUCUGACAUGGUAAGAAGGGCCAAGUGGAAUUUUUGCAGUGCUGAUCUUGAAUGAUUAGAUAUACUCAAACUUCUCUUUUUGACUAUUGUUUGGCUUCUGAAGGGUGGGGAAGAGGUGUGUCGUAUUCCCUUUUUAGAAAAUGUCUGCAGAAGGACAGCUCAAAGGCAUUAGCUGCAAAAGAUGGUCUGUUCAUUUCUGUUUGGAAAUGUGUACUGUAUAUACAAGGAAGGUUGCAAGAGGAGAAAAGAAAUAAGAAGGAACCCAAAACAUCUAUUUUCUCACACUUUUCUAGACAGGAAAUUGUUCAAUUGGAUUUGCCAGUGUUAUCUUAUGCAUUACGUAAUGUAUAGCUGAAAUAAGGCCAGGAGGCUAGUGAUGUUUCUCUUAGAGGCUUUGUGGCUACUUUUUAAUAGUUAGACUGACCCUUUGCAGGCAUGACUUAUUUUUCCUCUGUAAAACAAACAUUUGGCAUCAAACAGUUUCACAACUCAAAAAAUGUUGCCCUGCUGUUUUUAUCAGUGACAGUGUUCCUCAUAUUAAUAGCAGUUAAUACACUAAGUACUGAACUGUGUCCCAUUUUUGUUACAGAAGUGCAAAUCAUUUUUAUGAAAAUAACUUCAUAAUGUUGACAUUGCAAUCUGUUGUGUCUUCCAUGAAUGAAUGACUUAAAGGUUUCUCUCUGUACUAAAAGAGGUACAGAACGGUGCACACUUCUUUUAGUGUCAAGAUCAGUAUAGGAACAGCCAAGAAACAACGUAUAAUUCCCUUGAAACAUUACGUCUUCUUGGUGUGACUGUCGUGUUGUUUAGUGCAUAGGCAGGCAGAAACAAAAUGAUAGGAACUUGAAGCUGAAGUCUCCAUCUUAAGGCUCACCUGUACAUCUACAGGUGAGCUUGUGUGUCCUGAUGAAAACAUAGGUUAGGUACUGCUCUUUAGAUGUGAUUAACACCUUCCUAGGAAAUAUUCUGCAUUUUAGGAACUUUACCCACUUCCAAGGAAACCUUAUCCUUGUUUUAAGUGAAGACAUAUUUGAUAGAUACAAAGACUUCAGUGUUCUGCCUAGUGCCUGGUUAAAAUCAAAGUGGACAUGUGAGAAACAGCUGGAUCAUCUGGUAGAAUCUUACCUCUCAACAAAUCCACCAUGUGCCUUGCAGCGGGGGUUUUUUGGUCAUAAAGUGGCCAGCCCAAAAGGCUAUAUGCAUAACUUACUGGAUCAUGGUUUUUAGCUGCUGAAAGCUAUUCAUUUGCCCUUCACUGUUCUAUGAUUCUACCGGUUAGUUGUUGGUUUCUUUCUUUACCUAGCAUUCAUUAAACAAUGGAGUCACCUUAGACCUACCAGAGGACUGGUUUGCCUUAGCACUCUCCUGGUCUGAAGUGCUGUCUUCCAUGUUUAGUGGAGCUUCAGUCUUUUCAGUCUAAGUCCCUUUGAAGUGCCUUUGACUAGCUUGAAUUCUCAGCCAAGUAUUGAGAAGGAUUUCCAUAAUGUGAAAAUAAGCGAAAGUGUUAGGUUUGGAAACUUCUUCUCCUCCUCCGGCCUGAGAGCGGGGAAUCUCCACUUUAUGUUCAUGUUAUAGGUGUUUAUGGAAGGGAUUUUUAUUUU